GGAGCGUGAACAAUGAAGAAGAGGUGAAGCCGGAAACUUGUCUGGUGGUGAAGCCUGUCCCCUGUGAGAAUGGCAUCCUGGGGAAGUAACAGCUCUGUUGUCUCCGAAUGGCCAUCAUGUUGAAUUCAGUUCACUGUAUAACAGGAAAACCUAAUGUCCACACCUUAGACAUGGAAGGCGAGGAGGACCAGAAUUUAGCAAAAAUACUCUGGCGGAAUUUUUUGGAACCAAGGAUGAAAUACACAUUUCCACAAACAGAAGCGCAGGAGAUUGGCUGGAUAACUACUCCAUUGAUAGGCACAGAUCUGAAGGAUCGGAGACUGAAUUUUCAUCGUCGUAGUAAUGAAAUUACGAAAUUCAUGGCACAGUCCUCCCAUCGAAAAGAAAAUAGCUAGGAAAAAUGGUAUUAGGUUUGUAUCAAUGUUGUUUGCCAUUUUACCUUAUCUACUCAAACGUUGGUGAUUAUAGGAGAAGGGAAGCCAUGUACUUAGAAAUAAGCAGCAAGAUAAAUGUAACCUGGCACAUUAGGGAAGAAUAAAGUAUACAUCGUGCCGAACAACUGGGAAAAAAUGAAGUUUUCUUAACAAUUUAUAAGUUGACAUGGCUAUGCUGACUGAAUGUAACUCUCGGUGGAAUGUAGUACUUUAGUUUUUAUGAAACAAAUUUAGAAUUUAAUUUUAGGGUGAUGUUCCUUAAGAACAUAAUACAAAUACAAAAAAUACUUCCUACAGAUGCAUUCUUGUAUAGAAUGAGCUUUGAGAUGCUCAAAGCUCUCCAAACAUGGGUGUCUCACAACUUUCUAAUUGAAAUAAUUUUAAAAGCUGCAAUAAGUAGUAUCUUGAUAGGGGCUGCUGUUGAUGGGGGAAACUCACACCAUUUUAUUGUUCAGCCUCAGCUCCUAGCCUUUAAUUACAUCUACCUCUGUGGUGUUACACAACACACAAGAAAUAGGAGCAGGAGGGGACCAUAUGACCCGUUGAGCCUGCUCCGCCAUUCAGUGCGAUCAUAGCUGAUCUUGGUCCCUAACUCCAUUUUCACGCAUGUUCCCCAUUUCCUGUAAUUCCUUGCAAUACUCAAAAUCUGUCUAUUCCAGCCUUAAAAGUAUUCACUGAUGGAGCAUCCACAGCCCUCUGGGGUGGUGAAUUCAAAAUAUUCACAACCCUUUGAUUUCUCCUCAUCUCAGUCCUGUGCCCCCAUGUUUUAGAUUCCCUGACCAGCAGAAACAAUCUUUCACCGUCUACCCUAUCAAGCCCCUUCAGAAUUUUGUAGGUUUCAGUGAGAUCACCUCUCAUUCUCCUAAACUCUAGAGAACAUAAACUCAAUUUAUUUACCCUCCUCUCAUCAUAGCACAACCCCUUCCUCACCCUAGGGACCAAUUUAGUGAACCUUCAAUGUACCGCCUCAAAUGCAAGUAUGUCCUUUCUUAAAUGUGGAAACCAAAACUACGCACAGGGCAGUAUUCCAGAUGUGGUCUCACCAAAACCCUGUACAAUGGUAGUAAGGUUCCUUUACAUUUGUACUCCAAUCCCCUUGCAAUAAAGACCAAUAUGCCAUUUGCCUUCCUAAUUGCUUGCUGCAGCUGUAUGUUAACUUUCUGUAUUCCUUGUACAAACACACCUAAGUCUCUUCGAACAUCAACAUUUCCAAGAAUCACACCUUUUAAAAAAUAUUCUGC